UCCCUUGCAUGUCUAAUCUGAUUGGUUCGUAAGAUUUCCCAGCAGGCAAAAUUACGCGGGAAAGGAGUCAGAGGCAAAAGCACUUAGAAGGACUUGGAUUUUCCAUCUUUUCCUUGGAAAGAGAAGAAGAAUUCAAUGUAUAUCAUUAUGUCCGGGAGUGCGAGUUGCAAUUCGCCCAAGCGGAUGGUUGUCUCUGUCAUUAAAGCCACACCGUUUCAAUCCAAGUGUGGCACCGAGGAAUUAAAUUUGGGGGAUUUCUCAAUGGUUUUUCCCUACAAAUGGCCGGAAAACUCCAACAGUAUGAGUCUGAGUCCGACCCCCAGCAUUGGAUCGACAGGGUCCGCUUCGCCCAGGCAGAGUCCUGAUAUCGCCGCCUACAAGGAUGGGAUGAGGCGUGGCCGACCGAGAGCAGAAAUAGUUCGAGAUUUGAUCACCGAGGGCACCCUGUCCACCAGCCGGAUCCGCUGUCAUAUCUGCAAUCGAGUUUUCCCAAGAGAGAAAUCUCUGCAAGCGCACAAAAGGACACACACUGGUGAGAGACCUUAUGUGUGUGACUAUCCAAGCUGUGGCAGAGCCUUCGUGCAGAGUGGGCAGCUCAAGACGCACCAGCGUCUGCACACUGGAGAGAAACCAUUCAUCUGCUCAGAGCUGGGUUGUGUCAGCAAGUUUACACAUGCCAAUCGACACUGUGCAAAACACCCAUAUGCCCGGCUGAGGAGGCAUGAUGGCACAACAGAACAGGGCAAGGUCACAACUGCUGAAGAAGAUAAGGCAGUGGUGGAGUGGUUAACAAGGUACUGGCGGAGUCGAGAACAGCGUGCAAUCCCAGCAAGGGGAGAGGCAGGCAGCCAGAAAUCUGACCAGGAACAGAAAAACCCAAUGAACAGCCAUCGAGACGAGGAGAAGGAAGAGAAGGAACAAUGCUAUACCGGGCAGCACCUGCAGGAACAGCGAGAGCGGUGGCACGGAGCACUGGCACUUAUCCAGCUGGCAAAUCUCUCCACCGAUCAGCUGUACUGAUCAGCCUUCCACUUCCCCCACCCCACCCCUCACCUGCUCAUACAUGGCAGAGUGCGGGUGGGGAAGAGGAGCAAGAAAUGGCAAGCGAGUCCACUGCAUGCUGUCUCUUGGAAGUCCAGCCUGUGGACUAAUCUCUCUGACUGACAGGAACUCCCGCAGGUUUCUGGGUUUUAGUCUCGACUGUUGUAUAGCAAGACUGAAGAUUCUGAUUUGAUCCUUGUCAAAACUGCAUCUUCAUCUUGUUGCUCAUUUGCUGUGUUUUAACUGGGGCCCUGUUGCUUCUGAGUAAUUAAAAAUACUGUUUCAGUCACUUUUUUUCUUAAAACCAAUUUUAAAUACUCAUUUUCAAAGGAACAGUAUGUGUAUCAGCAUUGAUCUGUUUACCUGUUCCCCUCAAUCUUUUUCAUUGUGAAGCACUCACCUAUUGAGUUUCUGUGGCUUGAGGCAAGAACUUGUAUUUCAUAGAAUCCAUACAGUGUGGAAGAGGGCCAUUUGGCCCAUCAAGUCCACACUGACCCUCCAAAGAGCAUCCCGCCCAGACCCACCCCCUCUACUCUGUCCCUGUAAUUCUGCAUCUCACAUGGCUACUUCACUUUAAAUACACAUCCCUGGACUCUGUGGGCAGUUUAGCAUGGCCAAUGCACCCAACAUGCACAUUUUUAGACUGUGGAAGGAAACCAGAACAUCCACAGGAAGUUCGAGCAUAGAUGGGGGGAAUUGUGGGACCUCUACAGACGGUCACCUGAGGGUGGAAUUGAACCUGGAUCCCUGGUACUGUGAGGCAGCAGUGCUAGCCACUGAUUUAUAUAGCUUUACAGUCAUCUGGAUGCUUUUUGAAGUGUAAUUAUUAAUAUAUUAUGGGCAAAUUUCGAAGAAGCAGUAAGAUAAUGACCAGAGCAAUUGUCAGAGCCUCAGUUUUAACGUUUUUUAAACUCCACCUCCAGCAGUGUCAUAGUCCCAAUACUGUAUUGGAGUGUCAACCUGAGUUGUGUGAUGCAUUGUGUCCACAAGCCUUCAGAGUCCAAGGUGGAGAAUGUCUGAUCCCUAAGGGGUAUUUGUAGAUGUUUUCUAUUUCAGUGGUGUUGUGAACCUGUGAAGACAAGCUGGGUAAUGGUAGAGUUAGGCCAGCAGAUGGAGCAAUGAUCACUCCAGUUCCUCAUCUGAUUUUAUGUUACCUGUUAGAAUGCAUUGCCGCCUACUGAUGCACAUAGAAACUACAGCACUUAGCAGCACUCCAAUUAACUACAAAUCUGUCGUGUUAAUCUUAACAAUUUUCCUGUUUUUUUUUCAUUCAACUUGUCGUCACAUGGGGGUCAGUUAGCUGAGUUGGUUGGAUG